AUGACCGCCGGGGUGCCCUGUUCCAGCCUCAAGACGGCUGGCAUAAUCGUGGCCGUCGUCGAAGUAAUUCUGUGCAUCCUCUCUGUCUAUGGACUUUUUCGAAACCUGCAUCUCUUUGGAUCCAGCUACCUAUUCUGGUUCAUUCUCGGUAUCUUCUCUGUGAUUGUAAUUCUGUUCGCCAUUGCUCUUAUGCUGUAUGCGAUCAAGAAGGAGAAGGCUCGUUGGCUUAUUCCCCAUCUGAGCGCUCAGGUGUUCCUGAUCCUGUUUCUGAUUAUCGUCGCCAUUGUGGUGGCCAUUCUUCUGCUAUUCGGUGCUUAUCGAGGGAUUCGCAAUCUUCUCGGCGUCUACGAUUACCAUAUGAGCGAUGAUUCCACAUUCCUGUUGGGUAUGAUGAUCAUCAUUAUCUACCUUAUCGUAGCAAUCCUGGAGGUGUUCUUCCUGAUUAUCGUAUGGAAGCUCUACAAGCAACUGCGAGACUACAGCAGCAUCGGUCACUAUUCCGAUGACAAAAAUGUGCAGUGGCAGAGCGUUGGCACGCCCCCAAAGGAUAACGCUCACGGAUCACCUACGAUGGGAGAUGUCUAUCCGUAUGGACAGGAUGGAGGACAAGGGCAGAUGUUGUAG